CUGUUUCAAUUAAAUAAUCACAUUGACCUUACACCCACUUAUCUGCUAGCAGCGUUAAACAUGGUUCUCUCGAUGGAAAAAUGGGUUGGGAAAGUUGCAAUAGUAACAGGUGCUAGUUCCGGAAUUGGGGCUGCUAUUGCAGAAAAACUUGUUGAACAAGGCUUAACGGUUGUUGGAGUCGCCCGUCGAGUCGCACUUAUCGAAACCCAAGCCCAAAAACUAUCAAACAAAAAAGGAAAAUUACACGCCGUCAAAGCCGAUUUAACUGUGGAAACUGAUGUUUUGGACGCAUUUAAAUGGACUUUGGAAAAUUUAGGCCCGGUACACAUUCUUGUAAACAAUGCCGGCAUUUUGAAAGAAGAAUUACUAACAAGGGGCCAAUCUGAAGACUGGAAAAGAGCAUUUGAAGUCAAUGUUUUAGCCCUGUGUAUUGCGACAAGAGAGGCAGUUAAAAUAAUGAAUGCUCACAAUAUUGAUGGUCAUAUUAUCCAUAUUAAUAGCAUUCUAGGCCAUCACGUGGCAAUUGAGCCAAAAUUAAACGUUUACCCGGCGACUAAACAUGCCGUCACAGCUUUGACGGAGACUUUAAGACAAGAAUUGAAUUCUCUGGGGAGCAAAAUAAAAGUGACGAGCAUAAGUCCUGGACUUGUAGUAAGUGAAUUGACUCUUUUGAGUAAAAACAUUUCAGAAGAAAGGAGGAAAAAUUUUGAGGGAAGACCUAUUUUACAAGCGGAAGAUAUUGCAGAUGGGGUUGUUUAUGCCUUAUCGACUCCUCCUCACGUCCAGGUGCACGAGCUAACAAUCAAACCGGUAGGAGAACCCAUUUAAUCAGUUUUAAAGUCAAAUGAACGAUUUUGUGAUUUUAGUACAAGUUAUUUGAAAUAAAAAUGCUUACUUUUAAACUUUAAAAAGUCAAUCAAUCUAUUUGUUUUUGACAAAAAUGCUAAUUUUUAAACCCUUUUAAAUAUUAUCUGGUAUCUUAUCGCAAAACAGUUUGUUACUUAUACUGUGUCACUCUCUAGACCACUAUCAAAUAAAAAUGUUUUUUGACUCGA